AUGGUCUUCUAUCCUAUGAAAUGGGUCCCUUCCCUCCCCGAGAUCCCUGAUACCGUGCCCAUAUGCGAUUUUAUGCUCGAUGAGCAAUACGGUCGCUCCCCUUACUCCCAGUCCAAGGAUGCAUACACCUGCGGUCUCACGGGGAAGAGCGUCUCGGCGCGACAACAGAAGGAAGAUGUCGACUCGUUGUCUCGCGCACUGGCCAAAGAGUUUGGCUGGGGUGUCAAUGAGGGCACCGAAUAUGACAAAGUCGUGGGCAUUUUUGCGCUGAAUACGAUCGACAUCAUGACCCUCACCUGGGCAAUCCACAGAGUCAAUGGCAUCUCUGCGCCCGCCAACGCUGCCUUCAAUUCCGACGAGCUGAGUUACCAACUCACCAACUCCGGGUCCAAGGUUCUCUUCACCGUGAUGCCAUUGCUGCAGACUGCCCUGGAUGCCGCAGCCAAGUCGAACAUUCCCAGGAAAAAUGUCUACAUUUGUGAAAUGCCCAACGACCCUCCCAUCCCCAAGGAAUUCAAGACCCUGUCUCAAUUGACAAGAGAAGGCCGGUCGCUGUCACCGCUGGAACCAAUCAAAUGGGAGAAGGGUCAAGGUGAACGGCAGACCGCGUUCCUGUGCUACUCCAGUGGUACCUCAGGACUGCCAAAAGGAGUCAUGAUAUCCCAUCGGAACGUUAUCGCCAACACCAUCCAGAUCUCCACGUAUGACAAGCCCGCCCGCGACGCAAUUGGCCCCAACUAUCGUGAUGUGGCGCUCGGUCUGCUCCCCCAGUCGCAUAUCUAUGGCUUGAUCGUCAUCUGUCACUGUUCCACCUACCGUGGCGAUCAAGUCGUUAUUCUUCCAAAGUUCGACCUGACCAACUAUCUCACGGCGAUUGAGAAGUUCAAAAUCAACACACUCUACAUCGUACCGCCCAUCAUCAUCGCCAUGGUCAAGAACCAAGAUCAGACGAGAAAAUACGAUCUAUCAAGCGUCGUGUCCAUCUUUACCGGUGCUGCCCCUCUGGGCAAAGAGACCGCCGAGGAGUUGGCCGCGCAGUUUCCCGCCUGGCAGGUUCGACAAGGCUAUGGUCUCACUGAGACAUGCACUGUCGUGUGCUCGACAUCUCCCCGCGACAUCUGGUUCGGUUCUUCAGGGUGUUUGCUCCCCGGAUACAAGGCCAAGGUCAUGAGCAUCGAGGGCAACGAAAUCACGGGAUACAACCAACCCGGUGAACUCCUCGUCAAGUCCCCCAGCGUCGUGCUCGGGUAUCUCAAGAAUCAAAAGGCCACCAUGGAAACCUUUGUCGACAUGCCUGAGGGCAGAUUCAUGCGGACAGGAGACGAAGUCGAGUUCAGAGUGUCGCCCAACGGCAACGAGCACAUCUGGGUGGUGGAUCGCAUCAAGGAGUUGAUCAAGGUCAAGGGUCACCAAGUUGCCCCUGCAGAGCUCGAAGCAUGCCUGCUCAACCACCACGCCGUGGCCGACUGCGCGGUAAUCCCUGUCUCAGACGACCGCGCCGGUGAAGUGCCCAAGGCCUUUGUCGUCAAGGCCAAGUCGGUAGGACUGGAGGAAAGCGAUGCCCUCGUCAAGCGUGACAUUAUCAAGUACGUCGAGAAGGAAAAGGCCCGGCACAAAUGGCUGGCCGGCGGUGUCGAAUUCAUCGACGUGAUCCCCAAGAGCGCCAGCGGGAAGAUCCUCCGCAGGCUGCUGAGAGAUCGAGAGAAGGAGGCCAGAAGAAAAGCCGGCGCCAAGCUAUAA